UCGUCAUCACGUCGCUGCGCUCCACGCGGAGUUCCACUUCCGGGACACGCCUUCUCGAGCGCUGGAGCGUCUUCGCAGUUGCUAGGCGGCCUUGGAUACCUGUCCGCGGGAUGUUGGGCGACGUCAGGUGAAGAUGGUGGUCACUGGGCCUCAGGUAACCAUGGAUAGGGAGGUUCGGAGCACCAUUCUUUUCAAUGCAUACAAAAAGGAGGUGUUUACCACCAACAAUGGCUAUAAAUCCAUGCAGAAAAGACUUCGGUGUAAUUGGAAGAUUCAGAAUUUAAAAGAUGAAAUCACAUCUGAGAAGCUAAUUGGAGUGAAACUAUGGAUUACAGCUGGGCCAAGGGAAAAAUUUACUGCAGCUGAGUUUGAGGUCCUGAAGAAGUACCUUGACAAUGGUGGAGAUAUCCUUGUGAUGCUAGGAGAAGGUGGAGAAACCAGAUUUGACACCAACAUUAAUUUUCUACUAGAAGAAUAUGGAAUCAUGGUUAAUAAUGAUGCUGUGGUUAGAAAUGUAUAUUACAAGUAUUUCCAUCCUAAGGAAGCUCUAGUUUCCAAUGGAGUGUUGAACAGGGAAAUUAGCCGAGCUGCAGGAAAAACCGUUCCUGGAAUCAUUGAUGAUGAGAGCAGUGGAAACAAUGCCCAGGCUCUCACCUUUGUCUAUCCUUUUGGUGCCACCUUGAGUGUCAUGAAACCAGCAGUGGCUGUUCUGUCCACAGGUUCUGUCUGCUUCCCACUUAACAGACCCAUUCUGGCUUUUUAUCACUCAAAGAACCAAGGCGGGAAGCUGGCAGUGCUUGGCUCAUGUCACAUGUUCAGUGACCAGUAUUUGGAUAAAGAAGAAAACAGCAAAAUCAUGGAUGUUGUUUUCCAGUGGCUCACAACAGGAGACAUUCACCUAAAUCAGAUUGAUGCUGAGGACCCAGAGAUCUCCGACUACAUGAUGCUACCUGACACAGCCACCCUGUCAGAGCGUCUCCGAGUGUGUCUCCAGGAGGGAGAUGAGAACCCACGUGACUUUACCACCCUCUUCGAUCUGUCCAUUUACCAGCUGGAUACCACCUCCCUCCCCAAGGUUAUCAAGGCUCAUGAGCAGCUAAAUGUAAAACAUGAACCACUUCAACUCAUUCAACCUCAGUUUGAGACGCCACUGCCAGCCCUUCAGCCUGCGGUUUUCCCUCCUAGCUUCAGGGAGUUACCACCUCCUCCUCUGGAACUGUUUGACUUAGAUGAAACGUUCUCAUCUGAGAAAGCACGGCUUGCUCAGAUCACCAAUAAGUGUACUGAAGAAGACCUGGAAUUCUACGUCAGAAAGUGUGGUGACAUUCUUGGAGUAACCAGUAAACUACCAAAGGAUCAGCAGGAUGCCAAACAUAUCCUUGAGCACAUUUUUUUCCAAGUGGUUGAAUUCAAGAAACUGAACCAGGAACAUGACAUCGAUACGAGUGAAAUGGUAUUCCCGAACAAUUUCUGAGGACCAUGCCUCUUGAAGCAUUUUCUGCCUCCUGAUUCUUUCCAUUUUUUAAUUCCUCAACUCCUUACCAAAGUGUCUGUACACUCUUCACAAGUUGUAGGUCUGUGCAUCUUCUAUAGUAUUCAGAUAGGUAAGAUUUCUGACUUACAAAAUCCUUUUGGAAGAAAUGUUUCUGUUUUUAAAAUUAAAUCUAUGAUUGAAUCUGUACUUUCAUGAUUUAUAAAACAAA